UUAGCUGUUUAUUCAAGCUCCAGAACUGAUCAGCGUUCUGGGGAAGUGAGUAAAGAUACCAACCGUAUCAAUGGAAAAGAUUUUAGAAUAUUUGGAGCCAAAAACUUUCCACAGAGUUCAUUAUGUGGCAGUGUGUUUUUGGAUCCUGAUCAGUGUUAUCUUCUUCGCCGUAUUCCUCGACAUGGAAAUCAACGAGUCUAGGCUGGAUUUCCGCUGUGACGGAGCGAAGAGUGAAACCGUCGACACCGUCCGUGGAAAAUGUUACGAGAAAUAUAUGAAGCAGUACAACAAAUUCGGUUUUCCAGUCUAUGGCUUCGUAAUCCUCAAUUUACUCCUUAUCGCAUUUGUAUGUGCUAUUUACUCCCAAAUAGUAAGACCCAAAGUCGAUCAUCUGCACGACCAAGAUACUGCGUCAUCAACUGGAAACAAGCUUUUUAUCGCUUACUGCUCUCAACUAUCGAUAAGAAUUGUUUUAGGAGUUAUUUUCAUCGUCCUACAAACUCAGUUGCUUUACCCUUUAAAUUUUUCCUCUCAGUUUAACUGUUAUUUAACCGAUGGAACCACUCAGCCAAGCAAUUCAUCUGACAACGCCCAAAACUCUACUUUACUCGACUGUCACAAUCAACGAGCUGUAAAGAAAACCUUCUGGAUGUACGCUGUCCUUGCGGUGAAUGGAAUUAUUGUUGCUGGGACUCUGGUUGAAAACGUCUACCUUUUUUCACGGGCAUGCAUUGAGAGGAGUUUCAUGGAAGACUCAAAGUUUCUAAAAACCCAUCUAAGUCUCAACCAACACCUGGAUGGCACGAACGAAACUAUGCCACUAACUGAAAGAGACACUGAAGAACAAAAGUUUCAAGAAUUCAUCGAACGCACAAAGGAAAUAAUUGUUCAAGAGACCGAAGGACUUUUAGAACUCCAAUCACCUUUUGUAGGUAAUCCAGGCGACCACUCAACAGCUAAAAAUUUGACUCUCGAUCAGAUUUACACCAACCUGGUGGUAAUUCAAAACAGAGAAACGCAUGACUUUACUGAAAACCGAGAGGAGCAACUCAAAGUUUAUCCAAGGUCGCGCGACGAAAACUCACAACCGAAAAGCAUGCAAGACCUUCUGGAUGUUGAAAGUAAGAAAGUUUUAAUCGUCGGUCGACCCGGAAUCGGAAAGACACUAUGUUGUAUCAAACUUCUCAGAGACUGGGCAUUGAAUAAAGAUUUCAAAGCGACAUCAGGUGCCCAAGUCCAUUUUAAUGCUGCUUUCUUCGUAAAAUUCAGAAGAUUCGACUCGGCCAAAAACCUUAGCCUCAAGGAUCUGUUGAUUCAGUCCGAGUAUUACCCUACACGUCACAUGGAUGACAAGGUCUGGAAUCGCCUUCAAAGGAACCCUGAAGGUGUUCUCAUGCUUUUUGACGGAUUCGACGAAAUCGAACAUAACGAAAACAUAACCGCGGCGUCCACUUAUCCCAGAAGCAUUGAAGAUAAAAAGCCGCUUCAAAUUCUUUAUCAGUGGCUUGUGACCGGAAAACUUCUUAAACAUGCUUUAAUUGUAACGACUACGAGACCUACGGCUUUAUCAGGCAUCGCACAUCUGAAGUUCGACAAAAGCUUUGAAAUCCUUGGCUUCUCAACCGAGCAAAUUAAAGAGUAUAUCGAUAAAUUCGCUGGAGAUGACAAGGAAGCAGGCGAAACGCUAUGGCGACACAUCAGCAGCAACAUGAACUUACUUUCGCUCUGUUAUAUCCCUGUGAACAGCUUCAUCAUGUGCUCAAGUCUGUCAGAAAUAAUGCAGUUCGAAAGUUCCGGCAGUGUUACCCUGCCUUCCAAAUUAACCACGAUAUACAAGAUUGCGGUCAAAGUGUUUUAUUUCAAACACACGAAAGAAUUCCGCGAUCAACAUUUCACCCGCAAAAACUAUCUGUCAGAUAAUUUGCCUUUGGCGGUGGAGGAGAAAUUCAAGAAACUAGGAAGAGUGGCGUUUGAAGGAAUCCAAGAAGGAAAACUGAUCCUCGGAGGAAAGGAAGUACAAGGAAUGCAAGACAGCGCUCUUUUUCAUCGCUUACCCGAUCGUCGUGCCGCGUUAGAAGACGAGGAGCAAUUCUGUUUCAUUCACCUAACAAUGCAAGAGUUUUUCGCUGCGAUGCACUUGGCGAGCGACUUGAAUGAAACAGAAUUAAGAAACUUUGUUUACGAGAACAUUAAGAACGGCAAAUGGCAGCUGGUUUUUCAGUUUCUGGCAGGACUUAUGGAGGAUAAAGUUCACCUACCAAUUGAAAUUAUCACGGACCUUCUUCCUGUGAAAACUGAAGAAAGAGAAAGCGCAGACUACAACGAACAGUGGACAGAGAAUGAAGAGCAAAGGAAAGUAACCUGCUGGCCGACUGAGGACGAACAAGAAUUAGCAGUAACAUUAAUUAAAUGUUUCAACGAAAAUAGCAGAAUGAAGUCAAAAGCACAGAGAAAACUUCAACAAAUGAACUUUAAUUGUGUAAAUUUUAUUGGUUGUCACCUCACAGCUGUUGAUUGCUCUUCGUUAGUAAAUGUAAUUAAUGUUCAACAAAUUUCACAUUUAGAUUUGAGUUAUAAUAACAUUGGUCCAUUAGGUUGUCUUGAGAUUGGUAAACUGUUAAAAUGUAGGGAAUCUCAACUGAGCUGGUUAAACCUCGCAGGAAAUCAAUUGACAGAUGAAGCAGCAAAGUAUUUAGCUGAGGCCAUCAACAACAACAACUGUCAGCUACGCACGUUAAACCUCUCAUUCAAUAACAUCUCAAACAUUGGAGCACAGCACUUGGCUGAAGCCAUCAACAACAACAACUGUCAGCUACACACGUUAAACCUCUCAUUCAAUAACAUCUCACACAUUGGAGCACAGCACUUGGCUAAAGCCAUCAACAACAACAACUGUCAGCUACACACGUUAAACCUCUCAAACAAUAACAUCUCAAACAUUGGAGCACAGCACUUGGCUGACGCCAUCAACAACAACAACUGUCAGCUACACACGUUAAACCUCUCAAUAAAUAACAUCUCAGACAUUGGAGCACAGCACUUGGCUGAGGCCAUCAACAACAACAACUGUCAGCUACACACGUUAAACCUCUCAGAAAAUAACAUCUCACACAUUGGAGCACAGCACUUGGCUGACGCCAUCAACAACAACAACUGUCAGCUACACACGUUACACCUCUCACACAAUAACAUCUCAGACAUUGGAGCACAGCACUUGGCUGAAGCCAUCAACAACAACAACUGUCAGCUACACACGUUAAACCUCACAAACAAUAACAUCUCAGACAUUGGAGCACAGCACUUGGCUGAAGCCAUCAACAACAACAACUGUCAGCUACACACGUUAAACCUCACAUACAAUAACAUCUCAGACAAGGCACGUAAUUUACUAAGCAAUAGUCAGUCUAAAUGUGAGCUAAUUCUUUAGGCCUCAGCAAUUCCAAUUAAAAACUAAAAAGAAAUUAUUUGAACCACUUACUAUUCAAAAUAGCAGUGAGGUAACCAGCUCAGUGAUAAUUUCAACCCAUUGACUCAGCCCGUGAAUGAAUGUAAAACUAAUCUGUAAAGUGCUCAGAGCAGUGAGAUUAUUUGAACCGGAUCGAAAUGAAGAAAAAUGAACCAAUGAACAUGUUUAUUGAGAACAAAGGAUGUCAAACUUUUUAUAAACGAACCAAUAAUAUUGAAGUAAAAACACAAAGCUUCCUGCAGAGAAAACAAACAAACCUCGGACCUCUCAGGAAACUUUGUCAUUUUAUGAUUGGUUAGUUUCGAUCGUAAAUUCUCUACAUCUUUCUUUACGUUUUGAUCACCUGAGACUGUUACACGGAACAGUUUUCUGUUUAGAUAUGGUUGGAGAUCAGAUGAGUAAAUACGGUAGAAAUUGCUUGGUAGAACACUGGUUUUUUUCUUUUUGGCUGUUUUUUCUCUUUUUUCGAUCGCAACGAUCCGGUUCGAGUGGUACCGCAAAAAAACAAUUAUAACUCAAAUCGUCGUGCCUUAGUCAAAAGCUUUUAUUGUAGGUUAGUGGUGCGAGAUUUUUUAUCAUACUAAUUUUUUGAAAUCUUUUGGUGUUUCUGCAUUAUUUUGUAGAUAUUAGUGUAUUUUUUUUUUACAAAUGUACAAUUUUGGAACUGUUACUAGCAUUUUAGAAUGAAAAUGUCAAUUUUGAAGAUGAGGCAUCAGGCUUCAACGUACAGUUGACAAUUUAACUUACCAGUGCUUGUUAAUAGAUUCAGAACCACCACAUUUAUCAGUGUAGAAUAAAUGUUGUAAACAGA